UUUCCUAUUUACUACCAAAAAACAAGAGAGAGAGAAAAAGGAAACAAGAACUGGAAAAAAAAGACUCAAAUCUUUACUGUGUAUAGUUGUUUGUUUUUGUGGUUAUAUAAAAGUGGCUGCUUUGAUGGAUCUAUAGAUCUAACACUUUCAGACCCACAUGGAUUGUUAUGUUUUAUUCAGAUCUUAGUCAUUAUCAGUUGAAGGGAUUCAGUUAACUGACCAGAAAAGAAAAGAAAAAGAUAGUAUAAUAAGGCUUAAAUUACACCACCAAAGUCUUCUUGUUCUUUUUUUUUCAGCAGGAUAAGAGAGUAUAAUAACAUAAUUAGGCUUUUAGUUAGAGGCUGUUGCUGCAUUUUUUGUUUUGGUGUUGAGCAACUGGAGGUAGGCAGAAGUGAAAUGAAAUGAGGGAUGUUAUCAAGGCUGAUAAAUUUCCUGAAGGCCUGUUGGCGGCCAUCGUCGGAUCAUUCUGUGCAUGCUGGUUCGGAUGCAGCUGGACGACAAGAUGGACUUUUUUGGUAUAAGGAUAGUGGUCAACACUUGAUUGGUGAGUUCUCAAUGGCAGUUGUACAGGCUAAUAAUUUGCUGGAGGAUCAAAGCCAGAUCGAGUCGGGUUCUUUGAGCUUGCUUGAUUCUGGCCCCUAUGGAACGUUUGCUGGGAUAUAUGAUGGUCAUGGUGGACCGGAGACAUCACGGUAUAUCAAUGAUCACCUCUUUCAGAAUCUCAAGAGGUUUGCAGCAGAACAAAAUUCUAUGUCUGUAGAUGUAAUACGGAAAGCAUUUCAAGCUACAGAAGACGGAUUCUGUUCUGUGGUUGCAAAGCAAUGGCCAAUGAAACCACAGAUGGCUGCUGUGGGAUCUUGUUGUCUGGUAGUGGUGAUCUGUAAUGGUAUCCUGUAUGUGGCUAACCUUGGUGAUUCCCGAGCUGUUUUGGGAAGGCUUGUGAGGGCUACAGGGGAGGUUCUUGCUAUCCAGCUAUCAGCUGAGCAUAAUGCAUGUUUCGAAACUGUCAGACAGGAGUUGCAUUCAAUGCAUCCAGAUGACCCACAGAUAGUGGUUUUGAAGCAUAACGUAUGGCGUGUAAAGGGUCUGAUUCAGAUUUCGAGAUCUAUUGGUGAUAUAUACCUUAAAAAGCCUGAAUACAACAGGGAGCCGUUGUAUGCAAAGUUUCGGUUGCGUGAACCUUUUAAAAGGCCCAUAUUGAGCUCUGAUCCAUCAAUUACUGUUCAAGAACUCGAACCACAUGAUCAAUUUCUCAUAUUAGCUUCCGAUGGUCUCUGGGAACAUCUUUCCAAUCAAGAAGCAGUUGAUAUAGUACAAAAUAGCCCCCGAAGCGGAAGCGCUCGGAGGCUUGUAAAAACUGCAUUACAAGAAGCAGCAAAGAAAAGGGAGAUGAGGUAUUCUGAUCUGAAGAAGAUCGAUCGUGGUGUUAGGAGGCAUUUUCACGAUGAUAUCUCAGUCAUAGUUGUGUUUCUAGAUUCAGAUCUUGUAAGUAAGGCGAGCUCGUUGAGGGGCCCCUCUUUAUCUCUGAGAGGUGGUGGUAUGAACUUUCCAGCAAAAAGUUUGGCUCCCUGUGCUACUCCCAUAGAACUCGGUACCACUUAAAAACUUUUUACUCUAUUGUAUACUCUGCUGUGUCCUCAAAAACUUCCUCGUGAGAGAUUCGAAAAAACAAUAGAAGGUACACUAAUUUAUUCUUUUGAUGUACAAUGUUAUAUUUAACAUGGAACAGGUGCCUUGUUUAGUUUUCGAGCAGCAAAAGAAGAACGAAAGAAUUUACUGUAGAGAUUCUUUCUCGAGUAUGAACAUGUCUGCUUUAGUUCAUAUUCCUCUCUUACACACCCUUUGAUUCUUUAGUUUCAUCUUGUAAAUGGUGUAAAAUGACAGAUGAAGAAGUAUUCAACUGCCUCUUUCGUCUUCUUUCCAUUUCCUCGUAUUAUAGUCGAUACCUCAGAAUUAGAAAGACAGUAGAUGUUAUAUACUUGUUAUCGAUGCUUUCGUCCUACAUCAACACGAGUAUUUUGCUUGUUUUUGGAGUAAUUUUUUUUGUUGCUUGGUGAA